CAUCUUCUUGCUAAACAACAACAGUUUCACUUCAAGAAAACUCACUAACCCCUCUCUAAACAAUCAUAGAAAACCCAUAUUUUGUCUCGAAAAAGUCGUCCAACAAGUUCGAGUUUCAUAUCUUAGCGCUCAAUAUCCGUUAGCGGGUUCAAGCUCAAACUUUUCUCUUGAAAAAGAAUCGGGUUUCGGUCAUCAAAAUGAAGAUGAUGGGGAGCAAUAAGAAAAGGGUGUCAAGUAGACUUGGAGGAAUUCUUAAAGAGCACAAGGCAAGGAUUUACAUAAUUAGGAGAUGUGUGGUGAUGCUUCUUUGUUAUCAUGAUUGAUUCAUACCUUCACUAGGUCUUCUUUAGAUUUGUUCUUGAAAUAGUGCAUGUGUAAAUAGAUACGGCUCAAGAGCUUCACAAUUUUGUAACAAUGCAUAUGUGCUUCUAAUGGGCUUCAAUGUAUAUUACAUUACUACCUCU